AUGAGCGUGGAGGCGGCCUACCAGAGAGCCAUGGACACAGUGCACGAAUGGGUCCAGAAGGAGGUGGACGGCAGCAAGACCCUGGCCGUGUUCAGAACCUACUCGCCGGCGCACAAUAGGGGCACAAAUGGCGGGAGCUGCGGCAAGGAGACGCUGCCGGAGCUGAACAUGACGCGAAUCUCGCUGGGCCGGUGGCCGGGAAUGCUGCAGCCGGCGUUUGGGGGACCGGAAUCGGCCGUGGUGAGGGACCUGCGUGUGAUGAACGUGACGCUGAUGACGGCGCACAGGAGGGACGGCCACCCGGCGGUGUACAAUGUGGAGCCGUCGGCGAGGAUGCCGGUGGGGCAGAGGGAGGACUGCAGCCACUGGUGCCUGCCCGGUCUGCCCGACGCGUGGAACGAGCUCCUCUACGCCAUGGUUCUCGCCAGGUUUUCUUAGACGUUCUCUUGACAGUGUGUAUGUACAUUUACUUCGCAUUUGGAUUUUUUGUUUCUUUUCGAAAAGGAGUAAUUAUUCACCUAGA